UGGAAGUGCUAGGUAUGCCUCUGGCUGCUGCGCGCGUGUAGUCGCCGGCUGGCCGUGUGCAGCGCUGGUUUGCAGCAGGGACACCCUGGGACCCGCCACCCCGGGUUUGCAGCCGAGAUACCGUGGGGCCCGAUUUGCAGCGCGGACACAGUGGACUCUGUGAACCGAGUGGACACGAGACGCUGACGCUGAGGAUGAGCACCGGGUAUCUAGUGCUGCGCUGGGCCAUCGCCCUGCUCCUGGCUGCUGCUGGGGCUGCAGCCCAAGACAGAUGCAGCAGGAACGAGUUCCAGUGCACAGACGGGAGGUGCAUCUCCAGCAAGUGGGUCUGUGACGGUACCCCAGAAUGCGCUGACGGGUCCGAUGAGUCCUCGGAGACCUGCAUGUCUGUCACCUGUAAAUCCAAGGAAUUCAGCUGUGGGGGCCUUGUCAGUCGCUGCAUUCCUGACUCCUGGCGUUGUGACGGACAGACAGACUGUGAGAACGGCUCAGACGAGCAAGGCUGUGCCCCCAAGACGUGCUCCCCGGAUGAGUUCCGCUGCCAGGACGGCAAGUGCAUCUCCCAGAAGUUUGUGUGUGACCAGGACCGAGAUUGCCUGGAUGGCUCUGACGAGGCCCACUGCCAGGCCACCACCUGUGGCCCCGCCCAUUUCCGCUGCAACUCCUCCAGCUGUAUCCCCAGCCUGUGGGCCUGCGACGGGGAUGACGAUUGUGAGGACGGCUCCGACGAGUGGCCCCAGAACUGCGGGGGCCGCGACACUGCCUCUGUCCCCAGCAGCGGCCCCUGCUCCUCCCUGGAAUUCCACUGUGGCAGCAGCGAGUGCAUUCAUCGGAGCUGGGUCUGUGACGGCAGUGCGGACUGCAAGGACGAGUCGGACGAGGAACACUGUGUUUUGGCCACCUGCCGGCCUGAUGAAUUCCAGUGUGCGGAUGGCACCUGCAUCCAUGGUAGCCGCCAGUGUGACCAUGAAUAUGACUGCAAGGACAUGAGUGACGAGCUGGGGUGCAUCAACGUGACACAGUGUGAUGGACCCAACAAGUUCAAGUGCCGCAGUGGCGAAUGUAUCUCCUUGGACAAGGUGUGCGACUCUGCCCGGGACUGCCGGGAUUGGUCAGAUGAGCCCAUCAAGGAGUGCAGGACCAACGAGUGCUUGGACAACAAUGGUGGCUGCUCCCACGUCUGCAAGGACCUCAAGAUUGGCUAUGAGUGCUUAUGUCCCAGUGGCUUCCAGCUGGUGGGCCAGCACAAAUGUGAAGAUAUUGACGAGUGCCAGGAGCCAGACACCUGCAGCCAGCUCUGCAUCAACCUUGAAGGCAGCUACAAGUGUGAAUGCCGGGCCGGUUUCCACAUGGACCCUCACACCAGUGCCUGCAAGGCCGUGGGCUCCGUAGCUUAUCUCCUCUUCACUAACCGCCAUGAGGUCCGGAAGAUGACCAUUGACCGCAGCGAGUACACCAGCCUGAUCCCCAACCUGAAGAACGUGGUGGCCCUGGACACUGAAGUGGCCAACAAUAGAAUCUAUUGGUCUGACCUGUCCCAAGGAAAGAUCUACAGUGCCCUGAUGGACCGAGCACCUAGCUUGUCCUAUGACACCAUCAUCAGUGGGGACCUGCAGGCCCCAGAUGGGCUGGCUGUAGACUGGAUCCAUGGCAACAUCUACUGGACAGAUUCAGUUCCAGGCAGCGUGUCUGUGGCUGACACCAAGGGUGGAAGGAGGAGAACGCUGUUCCGGGAGAAAGGGUCUAGACCCAGAGACAUUGUGGUGGACCCCGUGCACGGCUUCAUGUACUGGACAGAUUGGGGGACGCCUGCCAAAAUCAAGAAAGGGGGCCUGAAUGGUGUUGACAUCUACUCGCUGGUGACUGAGGACAUCCAGUGGCCGAAUGGCAUCACACUAGAUAUUCCCAGUGGCCGCCUCUAUUGGGUCGAUUCCAAACUUCACUCUAUCUCCAGCAUCGAUGUCAAUGGGGGCAAUCGGAAGACCAUUUUGGAGGAUGAGAAGCAGCUUGCCCACCCCUUCUCCUUGGCCAUCUAUGAGGACAAAGUGUUUUGGACAGAUGUCAUGAAUGAAGCCAUUUUCAGUGCUAAUCGCCUCACGGGUUCAGAUGUGAAUUUGGUGGCUGAAAACCUCUUGUCGCCAGAGGACAUUGUCCUGUUCCACAACAUCACACAGCCUAGAGGAGUGAACUGGUGUGAGAGAACGGCCCUCCCCAACGGUGGCUGCGAGUACCUGUGCCUGCCGGCCCCGCAGAUCAACCCCCACUCCCCCAAGUUCACCUGUGCCUGCCCUGAUGGCAUGCUUCUGGCCGAUGACAUGAGGAGUUGCCUGCCAGAAGUCGCACCUGUCCUGACCACCCAGGGGACAUCCACCAUCAGGUCUGUGGUCACUGGAGCAACCACGAGGUCUCCACAGCACAAGGAGGAUCAGUCGGCUUCCAGCACACCCAGGGAGCCCGUGGACGUCCCUGGCCUCAGCACGGCUGAGUCGGUGACAAUGUCCCACCAAGUCCAGGGUGGCAGAGGGAGCGAGGAGCAGCCACAGGGAGUGAGUGUCUUGUCCAUCAUCCUCCCCGUUGCACUGGUCAUCCUCCUUGUCUUUGGGGCCAUCCUACUGUGGAGGAACUGGCGGCUAAGGAGCAUCAACAGCAUAAACUUUGACAACCCAGUGUACCAGAAGACCACAGAGGACGAACUCCACAUUUGCCGAAGCCAGGACGGCUACACCUACCCCUCAAGACAGAUGGUCAGCCUGGAGGACGAUGUGGCAUGAACAGCUGCGAGUACCAUCUCUUUCCGGGAUCCAUUACCAUUCUCAGGCAGGAAGGACACUUUUCUCCACACCUCCCUGUCCAGGACUGGUCCUGUCACCUCGGUGGCCUCUGUGUUGCUCAAAGCAAGAUAAGAGUAAAACUGGGCUGUGGGCCAAGCACAGCAGUCUGCCUGCCCCAGGCCCUGUUUUAUAUAUUUAUUGUCUAGGGGCAGAAACGGCUGCUGGCUGUGCUCAGGACAGGAAUUCUGGCUGGGAUUUUUCCACCCAUCUUUCUUUCCUUGGAAGGCAAAGAGGCGACCCCAGAAGCUUCUUCAUUCCCUGCUUUCCACUCACAGGAAGGAGGAAGGGACCCAGGUGGAGAGGCCCUUUGUUCUGAACAUUCAGUGAGCGGCAGGUGCUUGUGACAGGGUCCCAGGUACCACGGCCAAUCCCUAAACUCAGGACUCUGCAUUUACCUCCACCCUGCAUGCCUUAGCCACCCUCCAGGAAGCCUCGGCUCUGCCGCCCCAUCAGGUCUUCCAUGCUGGUGUGGGCCCUGCAGAAGCCAGGAAGUGACUUGUGGCACUCGGGCACUGAUCUUGCCAGAUCUUGGGGCCAGCAGCGCCAGUGACUGAUUCCUGCCCGUGCCUCCGCUGAGACCUCACCCGUUCCUGGAGGAACAAGCCUGCACCGCCAUGCCCUCUUCAUAUCUAUGAAGUGCCUGAGACUUCCAGUUGCCUCGCUCAGGAGCUGAGGCCGUGUGUGCUGUCUGGGCCUCCUGCUGCUCGGGCGUGGCUGUCAGGACCUCAGUCCCGCACACAGCCCCACACAGCCCGGUUGUCCGCAUGGGACCUGCUCUUCAUUUCUCUCCUCACUUUCCCGGUUCAGGGUUGGGCACCCUGAGGUCGCACUGUUCGGUGGUGCGCUGUGCCGGAGCUCUGGGCCAGCAGCGGCCCCAUGUCACUGACCACAGAAGGCAAUGCCCAGGGAGGAAGGAAGACAUCAGACUGAUCAGGAUCCAAGCAUCCACAAGAUCUGCUCUCUCAGUGCUGGGUUGGAAAGCCAGAGCCUCUUUGGCUUCUAUUUUAUUUUAUUUUUUACUAUAUAUCUACACUUUAAUCCCCUGCCUGAUAGCUUCUGAUUCUGUGUCAGCACCUGGAGCAGUCUGGCUGUUCAGUCUGGCUCCUCUCAGGCCAACAGAGACUUCCCUGCUCAGCUGGGCUUUGGUGUACACCUGUCAACCCAGCAGGAGAGCCUGAGGCAAGUGGGGUGCUAGGAACUGGCGGUCAGCCUGGGCUAUACAGUAGAACACUGUCUCAGCAAGGAAAAAGGGAAGGAAGAAAAGCAAGAAACCUGCAUGAUUUUUCAUCCCGUAAUCAGCCAGGCGUGGUGGGGCACACCUUUAAUCCCAGCACUAAAGAAGAGGAGGCAGGUGCGUCUCUUGAGUUCCAGGUCAGCUAAGACUAUAUCUGAAAACCAAAAGAAAUCCCAUAAUCAGGUCAUUUGGGGGAACUUAGAAGAAGACUAAGAAAUCACCACAAACUUGCCACACGGGUAACUCAGGAUGACAGUGGCCGUCCUUGGAUUCCUGCACACGCCCAGCUGAAGGGCCCCACUGUCGGGACAGGAGGCGCGCACUGUAAGGAGCUCUGAGCCAGCAGCACCUGGCUGUCUUCAUUCUGUGCGUUUGUUCGAGGUUAUCACACUAUCUAUUAAAUCUAUUUAUUUUUACACACCCUGAUUGCUGCACUUGUUGGUGACGUUUCUCCAGGUUGACUGGCUGAAACUCUGGGAUGUUGUGUACGAAGACUGAAUGGACUGUUGCCUUGAGGGAUGGGAACGGCUUUGAGCCCGUUGUUUAGGGUUUUCAUGGGCUGAAAGUGUCUUACUAUGAUGGAUUAAAUUCCUC